AUGCCAUCCUCAACUUCCGGAUCCCAGAUAGCCAACUUCCUGAAUCCUGACAGAUGCCUCUGGUUUGCAAUUGGCAUCCUUGCUUCCUGUGUAGCCUAUACAGCACAGUGCCAAUUCCAGACUCUCAAAGCCCGUCGCACUCGUGCUGCAGCUAGGAAAGCUCCACGGGAUGAGACUGUAUAUGUGGCGAGCGGCAACACUUUGGUCGCCCUGAAAUCCACCAUGUACUCACCAGAAGCCAGGCGAAUAUUAAGCCGCCGCCUGGGCACCGCUGUCAGCGUCGAGGUAUUGACAGUGUUUGCGCGAAGCUCUGAUCCUGUCAUUCGAGACCUGGUAGCAGUCAUUGUCCGCCAGAGAGUAGCCAGCCGCUCCUACAUGUUCUACCUCGCCCGGUGCAUCGAAUCCCGGCGCGGACACGACCGAGUCACGUCCCUUCUGGAACUACGAUUCAUAAUCACCCCGCGCGUCCCACCUCUCGAUCCCAGCUGCGAUUUCGCCCGCUUCGACCCCCACUGGUCACCCCUCAUCCUCGACACGCUGCGCGACAAAUACGUCCUAGAGGCCGUCAUCAAGUCCCUCGUGGGCGUUCUCCUCAGCAUCUUCUACGAGGGCCACGACUACCCCAGCACAGCCAGACAGACGCUCUUCCUCCUCUCCGUGCUGAUGCAGUACUACAAGCACGCCACCGAGCUCGCCGUCUACCACGGCCUCGUCGAGUGGAUGCGGCUGCUCCGGCGGAGGUGCGCCGUGCAGGAGGGGCUGAUGUUGUGGCUGGGGCCGUGUAGGAGGGAGUUUGCGCCGCGCGGGGAGCUGGCGGUGUGUAUGCGGCAUCGAGCGGGGUUUAGUGCCCUGAUGGUGGGGGAUGGGCCGUUUCGUGGGGCGACCUCGCUUGAUGCGGGGUUGACGAGGUGUGUUGUGAUGGUUAUGAGGAUGCAGGGGGGGAUGGAGUUGUUGGUCAAGGCGGCGUUGUGGGGGGGCGGUGUGCUGCCGCGUGAUCUCUCUGAGUUGGACUCUGAGAAUGAGGAUGGGGAGGAUGGGGAGGAUGGGGAGGAUGGGGAGGAUAGGGAGUAUGGGGAGGAGGAUGAGGAGUAUGUGGAGUACGAGUGGGAUGAGGAAGAUGAGCUGGAAGAUGACGAAGAUGAGGAGUAG